GCUGCCAGACAAAUGAACCAUUACCAGGGUGGCAGCGCUGGAACAGCUGGUCCAGAAAAUUGUAAACAAUUUCCAGCGAAAAUGGAAACGCAGGACUAUUACACCUGGACUUACCCAGAUAUACCGGAAAAUGUGGCCCAGGAGCUGCGGCAGCUGAAGUGCUCGCUGGUGGUGGUCGGAAUCGUCGGCCGGUCGAAAUGCGACCAGGCCAACAAGAUGCAGGCCUUUGGCAUGGAGCCUCCGCUGGAGCACAGGGCCAGGGACGGCCAGGUGCAGUGCUACUACAAGCCGGGCUCCAACAGCCUGCUGCUCCACUUCGAGACCACCUACGACGAGGCGAUCCUGGGCCAGAUGAUAGACGCCUGCAUGGAGGACGUGGACAAUCCCUUUGACUUCGACAGCUUCUACGAGCGGAUGCGCUGCCGCUUUGUGCGCAUGGUGCUGCUGGCCCUGCACGUCUGCCACAUUGUGGUCUACGUGGAGACUGGACAGACCUUUGAUCCGACCCUGGUCACCGUCUUCCAGUUGCUCAAGUUCGCCCGGGAGCAGCAUGUGAUGCAGUUCCUGCCGCAACUGCUCAGGGAGUCCCCGGCCGCCAGGAUGGGCGAAAAGGCGCGGCUGUGUGCCCCCCGGAUUCUGUUCCUGUUCGAGAACUUCCCGCGGGACGAGCCAAAGACCCGGGAGUGCGUCUCUGCCUACGAGUUCCAGACGGAGGACUGCAUCUACGAGCUGCUGCGCCACCACAACAUCGUGACCAACAGCAGCAGCAGCUCCCUGGUGGCGCUGCCCAACAACAAGCAGUUCGUGUUCUUCAACGCCCACGAAGAGCUGCAUCCGGACAAGUUGCUCAAAGCCAUCGAGUGCCUCAACCUGGCCAUGUACAAGCCGGAUGCCAAGGAGGAGGAGGAGGACCUGGAGAUCCUUGAGCUGGCUCCCUUCGAGGGUUUUGUCAAGCCCUACGGCGCCCCGCUCGACGAGAAGGAGCUGGAGAGGCGGCAGUACAAGAAGGACCACACGGCGUGGCACUUUCUGCAGCGACACGUCCAGGACGCCCUGUCAGGCUGCUUCGACGAGGGCUCCUUCAAGCAGCUCCCCCACUACUCGGGGCAGUUCCACCUGCUUAACAUCCAGGAGUGGCACGAUUGCAUGGCCACACUGCACAAGUUGCUGGUGGAGAACGCCAGGGAUCCGAAUCUAGAGACCAACAACGAGGAAUAUAAACUCUUUCUGCAGAGCUUUGACGAGAGUUUGAACUAUGAAAAAAAGUUUUGGGCUCACUUGUGCGAACUGGGCCUCAAGAAGGGCAUAUCCGCUUAUAAGAACGCUGCUCCCGCGAAUUAUGGCAGCUCCACACACAGACAGCUGCUGGCCGAGGCCACCGUUGCCUUCGAGGAGGAGGGUCGCGGUCCGCAGGCAAAGGCGGCUCUGGCCAAGUUGGCAGCCGUGUGCCAGAAGCACUGGCAGGACGGGCGGCAGCACUGCGAGCAGCUCAGCCUGCGCUCCCACCCCUGCACCCUGCCCAAAAACGCGCCGCACGAGAAGCACAGCAGCGGGGUCAUCCACAUAUCCAGCUGCAACUGCGGCCGCACACAGGGCCGCCGGGAGGAUCCGUUCAGCCUGCGACAGGCGAACUACGAGUACUACGAGCACAUGGCCCAAAUGUGCAACCUGUGCGUCAAGGUCAAGCAGUACCAGUUCCCGGUUUUCGAGCCCUCCGUUAGCGAUUACCGGGCGGCGGCCUUCGAGGCAGCCUUUCCCCUCCUGCACGCGGGCAAAGGUGGUCCGCCGCAGGACGAGGACGGCGGCGAGGACCUCGAGGAGGAGGAGGAGGGUCAGGAGGCGGAACAGCAGCCGGCGGAGGAGCAGGGCAAGGAUUCCGCCAGCAACGGCUGUUCCCAGCCGCUUUCGCCCACCUUUGGCUCCGAUUUGAACAUGUCCAUAGCCGGAUUUGGAGCCUCGCUGAACGAAUCGCAGGCCAGCUCCGAGCAGCUGACGAAUUCCGAGCAGAACUCGACGACCAGCGGAACUUCCAGCGCCGACACGGAAAACGAACUGGUGGUGGAGCUGCAGGAACCGGCCAAGAAGGAGAAAGACGCCGAUGCCUACUCCACCUCCACAACGGAGUACUUGCCGGGUCUGGUGCACACGGUCAGCGACUUUGGCCUGCUGCCGCUCUUCCCCAGCUGGUCGCUGGCCUGUGUGGGCCCCAGCUCCAUCUACAGCCACAACACCGGCCUGCAGGAGCACUUCCAGAGCGGCUUCCUGUCCGGCGCCAACUUCCUGCUGCCCUGGGACGUCCAGCUGCGCUUGGUGCACGCCCCCAAGCAGCAGCAACACCAGCAGCAGCACCACCAGCAGCAGCAUCCUGGCAAGAAGCAGCAGCGCUGGAAGAAGCAGGGCGACCGGCUGUCGCUCAAGAUCUUCGUGGGCAUGGAGUACGAGUGCUCGCGGGGCCACCGGUUCAUGAUGUGCGCCCCGGACCGAGUGCUGCGCGGAGGGGCGGACAUCGAGCGGGACACCUGCAGCAAGGUGGUGCACAACAACAUGCCCCUCUACUAUCCCUGUCCCUGCCGCUCCCAGACAAACUACCUGGCGCAGCUAAUGCGCAUCCAUGUGGUGACGCCCAAGGCUCCGGUCAACAUAAUCGUGGAUCCCAAGGUGUGCGUGGACAAGGGCAAGUACACCUUCACCCUGGGCAGCAUAAUCCCACCACGGCUGUCCCAGAGCGCCUACUGGAUCGUCCGUCUGCCCUACGUCUACCAGGGCGACGACGUGUUGAUCGCUCCGCCGGACAAGCUGGAACCGGAUGAUCCCCUGGCCGGCGGUUACCUGCUGCCCGGAAUGUUUGGCGUGGCCGAGACGGAUCCCACGAUGGAUCUGAAUGAACCUGGACGAAUGGGAGCGUCCGCAGCGGGAAAUUUCACUAGAAUCUAG